ACACGUGUUCCCAGAUCGCUUAAGUUCUUUCCCACCUUCAGCCACCGUCGUUGUACCGAAAUGCCUGCAGUCCUACGAACUACCCGCUCCUCAGUCACCCCAGGGCCUGCCCAAUCUUCCCGAACAAUAAACUAUAACCAAGGACAAGACCAGCGAGGUCAAGGAGUAAUCUCAAAAGCGUCUUUCGUUGAACACCUUCAGAGCAUCGUCUCCCGUAUCCUUCACGACCCCGAUAUCACUCAGCGCCGCGUCUACAGCUUUGUCGCGCCAAUCUUCAUCUUCGCAUCGUUGCUCUUGGCGUCUGCCCUUGUCCCCAAGAACACUCACGUCCGAGUCUGGCUCAAAGACGUUCGAAAUUACAAGAUGGAACUCGCGUUUACGGUAAUGGCGGUUAUAACUGGGAUCUGGUGCGGUCUAUUAGCGCUUCGGUGGCUGAUGUGGAAUAUGGCGGUGUGGAUGAGGCAGUUUGUCGAACAUGACUUCCGAGGACUGGGUGAUACGGGUGUCCCAGAUUCAUAUGAGAUGAUCAUAGGAGGAUUGUUGUAACUUCAUACGAGAUCACACUACUAUAGUA